CAACUACACUCUACAAAUAAUGCAUAUAUAAUUGAGCCUAAAAGCUAAAAAGCACAAUUUCAAGCACUAAUUUUUGUCGUUGCGCUGACGGGAUAGCUAGGAAAUCGAGCAAGGGUCGGGAAGAGGGAUACCGCUGAUUCAUUCAAUCCCUCUCUUUGAAAACCCAAAACCCUAGAUUCAGUUAUCCUCUAUUUGUGUUUAUUUUUUUCUACUCAGAUUCACAAUUUGAACAAUUUUUAGGAUAGGGAGCAGUUUUUCUUGAGGAAAUCAAUACAAAAAUGAGCAGCAGGAAGGAGGAGGAGCGAAAUGAGAAAAUUAUAAGGGGUUUAAUGAAACUUCCCCCUAAUCGAAGAUGCAUCAACUGCAACAGCUUGGGACCUCAAUACGUGUGCACAAAUUUUUGGACGUUCGUUUGCAUGACAUGUAGUGGGAUACACCGUGAGUUCACUCACCGAGUUAAGUCUGUAUCAAUGUCCAAAUUCACUUCACAAGAAGUUGAAGCCCUUCAAGAAGGUGGUAAUCAGCGUGCAAGGGAAACAUUUCUUAAAGAUUGGGACCCACGAGAGCAAAGACUCCCAGAUAACAGCAACGUGGAGAAAGUUAGAGAGUUUAUAAAGAGUGUGUAUGUGGAUAAGAAAUUUUUCGCUUCAAAGGCCUCUGGAAAACCUCCUAGAGAUACACUGAGCCUUAGAAACCAUGAAGAUGAAACAAGAAGAGCUAGUUCAUAUCAUUCUUACUCUCAAAGUCCACCGUAUGAUUAUCAAUAUGAAGAACGACGUUAUGGGAAACAGGCUCCUGCACUUACUAAAAAACCUGGAUCAGAUAGAGGAAUGUUGAGGUUUUUGAGCACCAGUCGUUUAAGUGAUCAUGGGCAAGAGGAUAGUUUUGCUAAUGAGGUGGCUAAUGCUCGAGUCUCAGAUUAUUCAGCAAGUAGUGGAGCUGACCCGUUUAGAUCUGGUACCCAAUCGCCACCUCCCUAUCAGAAGGAACUUGGAUUCAGUAGUCUCAGUAGAGAAAUGUCAAGAGAUAAUUUAACUGAAGAUGUUCAGCAGCAGUCUUCAGUCAACACAUUCUCCAGUCCAAAUGCUAAAGGAGAAUCAGAUCAGAAACCUGGUCCUUCAGGCACCACAUCUACAGCUUCAGCUGAGUUUGGAAAGUUUGAUGGUCUGGACCUGUUUAGUGCACCAAAUGCACCUCAAUUCACCACAUCUGCACCUCCAGCUACAUCUUCUUCAACUUUGUCCAUAAAUAAUAAUACUUCCCAGCCACCACAUGAUCCUGUUCCACCAACUUCAAGUGUAAAUCAGCAGUUCCAACCUUUUGACCCCUCAUCUUUGGAUUUAUUUACUGUUAUGCCACAACAGCAGACAACCACCCUGAAAGCCAAAGAUAUAGAAAAUGAGGGAUGGGCCACAUUUGACAUGCCUUGGCAUGCACAACCUGCUAAAAAUUCAACCACCAUUGUGCCAGAAACUUCUACAAGUGAAGGGUCUUUUGGGAAAUUUGACCAACCUCCAUCUAAUUCUAUGGACAAAAACUCUCAAUGGUCAUUUCAACAAGACUUUGGUGUUGAUGAUAUUGGGAUCCCACUUGGAGUUGGGGUUCAGAAUAAUCAGCAGUCAUCAUGGAGUUCAUUUCAAGAGUCUAGUACACCUUUUCAAGAUCCUUUAGCUGUUGAUCCGUAUUUGGCAUGGGGGAUAUCAGAGAAUAUGAAGAUGAAACAAGCUGAUGUGGAUGCCAGACCUGCUUCUUUUCUUAACACAACACCACAUGUCAUUGGAUCAUUAGACUCUUCAAAUGAACUCCCUGUCCUGGAUGCAGCACAAUCACAUGGAAUUGAUACAAAAUCUCGCAAUCCGUUUGAUUUUCCUAGCGAUGAUGAUCUUGAAGCUAGCAACAUGUUCUUGGACAUGAGCUCUUUGCAAUCUAGUCUGCCAAAUCAUAAUUGGUUUCCUGAAAGUGCAGCACCGGGCAUGCAGAUUCCGAACAUUCAAGCUCAGGGACCUGUGGCUUCAAUUGGUGGGAAUCCGUUUGGAUAGGGGAGAUUCUUUUGUGAUUUUGUUUACAUGGUUAUGUUAAAAAUUGUUAUUCUUGUUUCCUUGUAAAAAUAAGGUGUGUUUGGGUUUAAUGGUAUUUGGGGUUUCUAAAUUACUUGAAACUUGAUGUUUUCGUUUUGGCAAUUUUAAAGCAGUCGGUAGGUGGCAUGUAUAAUCUUAAAGGAAGGAAUGCUAGUUUAUUCGUAAUAAAAAACACAGGAUUUUGA